AUGGCUCCAGCUGCGGUUUGUAAUAACACUAACUGCCUUCAUGGUAGUGCUGAGAGCAGACAAACUCCAAUCUUUAAAGACCAACUUCUGUUGGACGACCAAUUCGCAAAACUUGUGUCUGGCAUCCCAUUGACCACAUAUUACAAUGACCCAUCCGUUUCCCCAAUCCCUGUCUCUUGGGGAGCCGCUACCCCAACCUCUCGAGGCCCUAUUGUCGCUUCUCGUGCUGGUAAAGGGGUGAAAAAACACAACACUAUUGGCUCCUAUGGUGGCUGCUACAACAUUUAUCAUGCUCUUGCUGUUGCCUCCCACCAAUUAAACCCAGAAUACCGUGCUGAUUACACUAACGCUGAACCAGCUUACCAUUUCAAACCUCAACCACAAUGGUUCAACAAGGAAAAAAUCGUGGCGCUUGAUCCUUUGGGACACUUAGCCCCAUGGGAGUAUGGACACAUUGCUGAAUCUGAAGAAGUGGAAAUCAAACCAACCAUUAGUAUCACCAAGGCACAUUUACAGUUGCUUGAAAUGGAAGAUUAUGUUAAGAAAGGUGAGCUCGAAGUCGAUGGUGAAGUGGUGGUAAACCAAGCUGGUGAUUUGGCGGUCACUAAGUUGGCAGUUGAUCCAGUGUGGUACUUGCCAGGAGUGGCUAAAAGAUUUGGGAUUUCUGAAAUUGAAUUGAGAAGAGCGCUAUUCAAUGAUACUUGUGGGAUGUACCCAGAAUUGCUCACCAGACCAGACAUUAAAACUUUCUUACCCCCAAUUGGCGGGCUAACAGUUUAUAUUUUCGGUAAUCCAGAAAACAUCAGUGAUUCUUCCAAGAAAUUGGCUCUUAGAGUUCAUGAUUCUUGUGGUGGUUCUGAUGUCUUUGGUUCUGAUAUUUGUACUUGUAGACCAUAUUUGAUGUUUGGUAUCCGCGAAGCUGUCAAGGAAGCUCAGGCAGGUGGUGCCGGUGCUGUUGUCUAUUUCCAAAAGGAAGGAAGAGCUCUUGGUGAAGUUACUAAAUAUUUGGUUUAUAAUGCCAGAAAGCGUGGUGGCGAUAGUGCUGCUGAAUACUUCAAACGUACCGAGUGUAUUGCUGGUGUUAGAGAUAUGAGAUUCCAACAAUUGAUGCCAGAUAUUUUGCAUUGGUUGGGAAUCACCAAGAUUGAUCGUAUGUUGUCGAUGUCAAAUAUGAAAUAUGAUGCAAUUGUCGAAUCUGGUAUUCAAAUUGUUGAAAGAGUUCCAAUCCCAGAAGAUAUGAUUCCAGCAGAUGGUCAGGUUGAAAUCGAUGCCAAGAUCCAGGCGGGUUAUUUCACAACAGGCAAUCAAAUCACUGAAGAAGAGUUGAAGAGUACUAUGGGAAGAAGUUAUACGGAAUUAAAAUAA